GAAAGGUGAGGAGCGCAUUGGGGGGGGGAGGGCAACACAAUGCCAGAAGAGCCAGCUCACCUGCAGACGUGACACAGAGAAACGAAGAAGAGAAAAAAGACUAAGAAGAAGAAGAAAAAGACGCGCAGGGGCCAAAUUACGCACAGGAGGAGCGGCAGAGGAGCGUUGGAGGAGCGGCGGCGCGUUGAGGCGCACUGAGCCACCGGGGAACCAUGACCGUGGUGCCCGGGGAGAACCUGGAUGAGACGGUCGCUCUGGACCCGCAGCAGAGCACCAGGAACCAGGACUGCUGCUGCGAGCGCGUGCUCAUCAACAUCUCCGGGCUGCGCUUCGAGACGCAGCUCCAGACGCUGGCGCGGUUUCCGGAGACGCUCCUCGGGAACCCGAAGAAGAGGAUGCGUUUCUUCGACCCGCUGCGCAACGAGUACUUCUUCGACCGGAACAGACCCAGCUUUGACGCCAUCCUGUACUACUACCAGUCCGGGGGGCGGCUGCGGAGGCCGGUGAACGUACCCGUGGACAUCUUCAUGGAGGAGAUCAAGUUCUAUGAGUUGGGAGAGGAGGUGGUGGAGAACUUCAAGGAGGACGAGGGGUUCAUUAAGGAGGAGGAGCGCCCCCUGCCGGAGAGCGACUUCCAGCGGCAGGUGUGGCUCCUGUUCGAGUACCCGGAGAGCUCGGGGCCGGCGCGUGGAAUCGCCAUCGUCUCCGUGCUCGUCAUCCUCAUCUCCAUCGUGAUCUUCUGCCUGGAAACGCUGCCGGAGUUUCGGGAGGACUCGCAGCUGCAGCUGUCCGAGCAGAUCAACGGCACCUCGACGCGGCUCAAGAAGCCGAACCCCUUCACCGACCCGUUCUUCAUCGUGGAGACGCUGUGCAUCAUCUGGUUCUCCUUCGAGCUGCUGGUGCGCUUCCUGGCGAGCCCGAGCAAAGCCGCCUUCUUCAGGAACAUCAUGAACACCAUCGACAUCGUGGCCAUCAUGCCCUACUUCAUCACGCUGGGGCUGGAGCUGGCCGAGCACCAGGGCAACGGGCAGCAGGCCAUGUCGCUGGCCAUCCUGCGGGUGAUCCGCCUGGUGAGGGUGUUCCGGAUCUUCAAGCUGUCGCGACACUCCAAGGGGCUCCAGAUCCUUGGGAAAACCCUGCAGGCCAGCAUGCGGGAGCUGGGUCUGCUCAUCUUCUUCCUCUUCAUCGGAGUCAUCCUGUUCUCCAGCGCCGUGUACUUCGCAGAAACGGACGACCCCCACUCCGGCUUCUCCAGCAUCCCGGACGCCUUCUGGUGGGCCGUGGUGUCCAUGACGACGGUGGGCUACGGGGACAUGUGUCCGGUGACCAUUGGUGGGAAGAUCGUGGGGUCGCUGUGCGCCAUCGCCGGGGUCCUGACCAUCGCGCUGCCCGUCCCCGUAAUCGUGUCCAACUUCAACUACUUCUACCACCGCGAGACGGACCACGAGGAGACGUUCCAGUACAAACACGUGACCUGCGGGCAGCAGUACGAGCCGCACGGCGACAGCAAGCCCUCCCUCUGCAAGGCCGACUUCCUGGAGAGCGGCGAGGAGGACGAGGAGUCUUUGAAGCACACCAACUGCAGCCCGAGCAAAGUCUACCGCGGGAAGCUGACCGACGUCUGAGGAGGACCAGCUCGGGUUUCAAUGGAGACUGAAGAGAAGAAACAGGAUCCGAGUUUCUGCUCCAAGACAUGGAUUCAUUUAGGAGGGAUUGGACUCCUCAUUUAUCCAACAACUGUUCUUCCAUUACGCCUGAGAGGAGGAAGGGAUCAUUAAGAACCGGUUAUAACCCAUUAACCAGUACCCGCUGUGGGAGAGUUCCCACCAAGACAUGGAACCAUUCAGUCAUGAUCCAGUUAUCCAGAAACUGUUCCUUUAGGGUGGAUUAUAAUCAGAGGAGGGAGGAGUACUCAGCUCUGGUACUCAGUAAAAGUAGAAGUACUCAGAUCUUGUACUUGAAUAAAGUAGAAGUACUCAGGUCUUGUACUUGAGUAAAGUAGAAGUACUCAGAUCUUGUACUUGAGUAAAGUAGAAGUACUCAGGUCUUGUACUUGAGUAAAGUAGAAGUACUCAGGUCUUGUACUUGAGUAAAGUAGAAGUACUCAGAUCUUGUACUUGAGUAAAGUAGAAGUACUCAGGUCUUGUACUUGAGUAAAAGUAGAAGUACCAGAGUGUAGGAAUACUCUGUCACAGUGAAAGUAUUCUAAAUGUUCCUCCAGUGAAAGUAGAAAGUACUCUCCUCUAAAUGUACUUAAAGUAGCGACAGUAAAAGUAGUCAUUGUCUGAUUGGUCCAUUUCAGAAUAAUAUCUCUGAUAUGUUUUAUAAUGAUUGAUCAGUAAAGAGUAGAAGUACACAGAAGCAGAACAUUGAAGUACCUUAUAAAUGUACAUAGUUCCACCUCUGAUUAUAAUCCACAUUUCUCCAAAUACUGUCUUCCCUCACGCACGGCCUGAGUGGACAGCCAGCUGUAGCACUUUACUAAUGUUAUUUUUAAUGUUUAUCUUAGUAAAUGAGUAAUUUAUUACCAAAUUAAUGCAGGUUUAAAGUUUACAUUUGCUUUUUUUAAUAUUUGAAGGACGAGGGACACAAAACAGGACCAAUUUAAUCUAAAAUACACCAAAAAAAAGCACUGUUUUCUUCAAGCAUUUAAAAAACAUCCAAACCAACAGCGCCACCGUGUGGAGGAAACACAGCACUGCGCCUCCACGGAUUCAACCGAAGCAGUUUCUAUAGCAACCUUCCAGACUUUUCUGUAUUCUCUGACACAGGAGUGAAGGACGAGGCCACGAAAAAACCACCAUGUUGCGCAGAAAGCCUCCAUGUUGUCUGAGUCCAGAGCCUCAGUUCAACUUUCACCAGAAAACAAACAUUAAAUAAUAGUAAUAACUUCAUCGAAACACGUGAUGCUCCAAUUAUGAGAUGUUAGGGUUACAGAUGACAAUCAAAUAACCAGACAUGUCCUUUACAAGUCCCCAAAGACAUUACUGAGCUUAUAUUUUUAUAUUUAAAGAGACAGGAUAUAAUGAACAAGAAAGGAAAUUGUCACAUUCAAUAGUUUGAGAUGUUUUAGAGCUCGACUGAUGCUGAUUUUGGGAUGGAUUUGCCCAAUAUGAACCCCAAGAUACUCAUUUAAUGUCUUAAGCUGGACACUUUUGAGUCAAUGAGACAUUCUCUUCAUUGUUUGUAUGGCAAAGCAAACAUUUAAUUAACAAAAACUAAAUCAAUCUGGAAAAAAAGAUUGUAGAAAAUGCGAUGUAUGGAAGGUAAAAGGUGCCACAAUGGGAAUUUUUCUCAUUGGUUAUUUUAUUUGAAAUCAAAAAUGAAUUUACCUUCAGGAAACACCAUUCCUUACCAAACACCAAUUAUUUUGUGUUUUAAAUCUAUUGAUAUUUAAAACUUGCCCCAAUUUUAGGCGUCUUAAGCAAAUCCAGUCUAAAUAAACGUCCAAUUAGAUGAUGAUCUUCCAGUCACAUGACCCAAGGGUUUUCAAAACUCAAUACUUCAUCAACCGGUCCCCUGCUGUGUUUGAGGCUUCCUUAAAAACCCCUCUCAUUAAAGCACCUGACUUCAUAUUCUGGACUCAAAAGCUUAUGGAAGAAGAAGGAGACUUUUCUGGGAAGAAAGUGAGGGAUUUAAAACCAGUUUCCUGGAGAUGUUGGAUUAUUAUCUGAUGGACGGACGGACAGACGAUGGACGACCAACGACAGGACGUCUCGUCACAAAGAGAGUUGAAGAAACCCUCCACCUCGUCAAACCCCAGAUUCCACCUCCCGUCCUCCCUCCUCCUCUUCUUCCUCCUUCCUCCGGUGAAGGGGACAGAGACUCGUACAAGGCUGAGAGGCCGCGGGACUCUGAGGUACGACACACGCUACUUGAAUCUUCGUAUUUACAACAUGUCUGCUGGCUAACGGAGUCCUUCGUAUGUUCGUGAAAAAACAUGUAUUUUGGGGAGAUGUUCUCGUCCGUAGGUCCUGUCACAUCUCAUAUCCAAACCAGGAGCAUGCUGGGAGAGUAGAGCAUGUGACCAGAAGACAGAAACACGGGAACAACGUCAUCGAUGUGUUCAAUCAUUCAUGUUGGCUGGUGGAGUUAGGCACUAAAUCUAUAUUUUUUAAUUGAUCAUACUGUAUAUGUUUUAUAAGGAAAGGAAUAGUUUAAUUAUUUUGUAGAUUUUUAACAUUUUUUCUAAUUUUAAUUUCAUUUAUUUUAAUGUUUGCCUUGGCAGCUCUGAUGAAAACGUCUGCCUGCCUGAAACACUUUAGAAAAAGGUUAACACCGCCCCUUAGAGAAGGAUGUUUGUACGGGAGGAUAAGACCUUUGAUUUCCUUUGAAUGUGUCUGAUGGGUUUUUGAUCACAAUGCUGUAAAUCUGUUAUUAUUGAUAACAUCUACCUCAGUGUCCGCUCAUCACCGACAGAAGCAAACCCUGAUCGUGUCCCGCUGUGAUCUGAAUGCUUCUCUACCUGUGCAACUCAAGCCCUCUAAAAACUGCCCUGUGAUAUCACACAUCACUCUGUACAGGGCGUAGAGAAUCCCAAAUAAUGCUCGAGGUGAAGCUUAUGAAACCACGAUACCUGUAGCUGCAGACCGUUUACUUCGCACAUGGUGUGCUUUGUUAAGUGUUUGCACCAGCGAGUGGGACUGAUGGUGUUUCUCAUUUAAGGGCAGCCAUUUUCUUACCAUUGAUAAAAUGAAGUGGGUAAACCCGUCUUAAGGAGAUAAAUCGUGUAAAGAUUGAAGAUAAACUGACUUUAUGCUAUGAUGGAAGAUGCUGAUAGCUAGCUUAAGAAAAGACAGGACGAAAGGGGAAACGGCCAGCCUUAAACAACAACAACAACAACAACAACAACAACAACAAACAACCAGAAGAAACUCUGAAGCUGACUCUGGCUUCCAGACUUCCACCAAAUUGUAUAAGAAUUGGACUUGUAGUUUUUCACUAAUCCUGCAGAGAAAAGAACUAACUGAACCGAGCUAAUGAAGCUACAGGUGGUGAAGCUACGAUGAACAGCUUCAUGAAUACAAGUCAAAACAAACAGAUACAAACAACAGAUAACAGAUACAAACAACAGAUACAAACAACAGAUACAAACAACAGAUACAAACACAGACAAACCUCGUUGGAACAGAUCAGGAGUUUUUCUUCCUUGUUUUUAUUUACUAGCCCAAUAAAUGCUAACCGUUUCCCUUUACUUUCAGUCUUUGUGCUAAGCUAAGCUAGGCUAGCAUGCCCUUGACGUAUCGCUUCUCAAACAAUAUCGAACUUUUGGGAACAAAAAUAUUUUUUCCAUAAAAAUCACAGCAAAAUCUUCCAUCAGUCCCCGAGCAUCAGCUCUGCAGUUUUGAGUUGUUGUGUUUUCUGCUUUGCCGGGAGGGUGGGGGGGCUGAUGAGCUGUGACUCUGCAUUAGUGAAAUGAUUAAUGUAUUCUGCAAACUGUACGUUAUGUCCUCAUGACUAAAGACUUAAAGUCAGUCGUGUCGGUUCAUCCUCACCAUGUGACAACCAUUGCUCUCAGAGGUCAUCUUCAUCACCAGCUCCAGCUCAGACUCGUCCCCAUCCAUCUUUUUCUCAUGCAACGAUCAGAAGCAAUAGUGUGAAGGGUUGGGAACGUCGGUGUGAAAGCAAAAUGAAUUUCUGAUUGAUUUCCUUCUUCAGUUUUUAAAUUUUAUUUCCAGUUGUUUUUAUUUUGGACAAUCUGUUCAAUUGUGAUCUAUUUUGAUAAUUGUUUAUUCCGAUGGAUCUCCAGGUGUUUCAGACGACUUCACAUGCAGGUGUGUGCUUUAUCUGUGUCUGGUUGGUGUUUCAUGUGAUGUUAAACGUUGCACUGGACUGGGUGCCAGUGCUGGGGUGUAAUGGUGUUGGGAUGAAGGGAUGGAUCUGUAAAGCCCAACUUUAAUUAAUGUCUACGACAGUAAACCUACCUGUGUUGCAAGUGGAGAAACCAGUCUUACACAAACAGGAAAUCCAUCCCAUUUGAAGUUCACUGGUUUCAUGAGGGUCAACAAACCGACUUCUUGUAAAACAAAAAUGUUCGUAAACAAAAUAAAAAGCCCUGCAGAGUUUGGAUUUGAAAUGCUAUGCUCUGAGAAGCUUCACACUUUAAACUGCAUAUUCAAAAACAGACAGAAACCAGAGGGUUUGAUGAUUAGCAAUAAUGCAUGGAUAGUAGAGUAUCGUCAGCAUGCAGGGAUUCGUCUGGUUGAUCAAACUGUGUAUAUAUGGAGUUACUAGUGCCUUAAUCAUACCCUGAUUCAGUUGAUUACCCUAUCAAAUGCAUCUGAGGAAGACCGGUAGUAGUUAUAUUAGCACUGUGGGGAGGCCGUGGAGUAGAAAUAAUGUAAAUGAAUAUAUUGAAUGUACAGUUCGUCUUCCUGGUUGCUGGUUGGAGAGGAAAGGAAAUAAAAGAAAUGGUACAAAGAUAAACCCUGGUGUUAUCUCAUGCACUCAAGAUUAAAAUAACAAUAUCAGGUCUCUAGGAUAUCCGUGGCUCAGUGCGUUAGUGCGCUGAUCAGGGGAGCACAGGUUCGAUCCCCACUGCAGUCAGCAUGCCGUCGGGUCCUUGGGCAAGACACUUCUUACCCCAAAUUGUGGGGAAAAGUUUCAAACAAGUGACAUGCAAUAAUAAUAUCUGUACAACUCCAGAUACAUACUUUGAGUUCAUAUAUUUUCAGAAAAUUGGAACAAAAAGUUGUGUUUUUGCCUAAAAAGAUAUUUGCAGUUAUGUCCCUUUUGAGCUUCCUUAGUUUGUUUUUUUGAACCGACAUUCCUCUCUAUUUUCUUUGGAGGCAAGAGAAAAAUAAAACUGUGAUUUUAUUUUUAUACUUUUGUGCAUUUAUCUUUAUUUGUGCUGUCCGAUGGUAGAAUUGUUAAUUACGACUCAGCGAAAGUUUCUUUGAAUGAAAGUGAAACUACUACACCAGCGGUGGUCCACACUACGGCCCGGGGGCCACUUUUAUGUGGCCCUCAGCAAAUUCUAAAAGUAUAACGGAAUAUGGCCAACACUUGAAACUAGUGCUUUCUUAUAUUACCCUUCUUAAAUAUAUAAAAGCAUUCAAUAACACAGGAGUAUUCAUGCACUGAGUCCAAUGUUCAAAUAAAUUCAGUCAACUAAAGUUGAAAACACUUUCUAACAAUGUUUUGUUAAAGUCUGAGUUCAAAAUAAAAAAGACGUGUUCACAUAAGAGGAAAUAGACCCCUCAUCGACCCCCUUAUUGUCAGCCUCUGAGGCUUUCUGUUGUAAGGAAUGAGCUGUAAUGUAAAUAAAUGAAACCCUAUGAAGAGCUGGGAUGUUUCCUUAAAGCAUGUUCAUGUUUCAAGUAUAAUUUACCUACAUUUGAUUGAUUUUUGUACUUACUCAUGAGGCCUCCUGUAGUGAGGGGCCCAGACCUGUGUAUGUUGUUCUGUAUGUGGCCCUCAGUGAAAAGGUUUGGACGCCCCUGAUGUACACUGACAGCUUUUGCUGAUGAGUAAAUGAAUGAAUGUUCCUAAUUCAGACUCACCUCCGCAGAACAUCUGAACAACUCAAGCUGUUUCUUAUUCCGCUGUAAAGAGAAGAAUCAGGUUUUGUUUACUGGCUUUAAUCUUAGUUUUGAAGCUCCAGAUAAAAAAACGGUGGGUUUUAAAAGAGGACAGAGAAAGACUGAAAAAAGAAGUCAAAUUAUUUCAUAGACCUUCAUGUAUUUGAGGUGUGUUUGUCUCAUGGGGUUUUCUGUCUGCAAAACCUCAACCUGUGUCGUCAGUGUUUGAAUCUCAGAUGAUAUUUUCCCGUGUGUUUCACUGUAUGAAGUAAACAAAGUCCUUCCUGAUGUAAAGUAUGUCUUGGGAUCGUACGUACACUGUAUAUGUACAACAGAGUCAUUCUGGAUCGUUGUGACGACGUUUAAUGUGGCCUUUUUUCUUUCUCUUUAACGUACUGCAAUGUUGAAAAUGAUUUGUAUAAUAUGACAUGAUGUAUAUUAAAGUGACGAGGCUUUAUGUUUCUACCAGA